AUGGGGGAGUCUGAGCGACAAGGACAAGGACAAGAGAAGGAAGCAUGUACCCACUCAGAGCCGAAGCUGCCUGCUCGUCCGGAGCCCGCAAGUGACAAAGGAAUCUUUCCUUCGAUCAAAAGCCCGUCUCUGGAAGGUCUCGAGGAAAUCACGCCUGACAAUGUCGACGUCUUCCAACUCGAGGCCGUGGCAGCUCUGAAAAUGCUCUGCCGCAGCAUUGACACACUCGUCAAACUCACAGGCGAUGUCCCGCCUACACCACCAGCACGCAGUCGCGGUCCUUCGCCAAAUCCAGGCGUUUCCAAGCUACGCGAGUCUACCACUGCAGAUACGGUCACGCCAAAGAAAGAAAACAUUGGGUUCCCAUCGUUCGGUCAGAAACAGCAUGAGCACAUUGACGGGGUAGUAUUUGUUAAGACACCCAUCGGUUCGCCUGAAGCGCAUGCUCAUGAGCCUACGUCGGCGGCAGAUAUUGGGGCUCAUGCCCAACCAGUCUAUAUUCAGCAUGGUGCUUUGGCACGGAAGUUCUACUCGAAACGUCCUCCGCCCAUCUCAACCGAAGAGUACCUCAUGCGCAUGCACAAGUACUGUCCGAUGUCGACCGCAGUCUAUUUGGCCUCAUCAGUCUAUAUUACCCGUCUGGCGGUAAGAGACCGUCUCGUUCCGGUCACACCACGAAAUGUCCAUCGGUUGCUUCUGGCUUGCCUUCGGGUGGCUAUGAAAGCACUCGAGGAUCUUUGCUGGCCCCAUGCCCGUUUCAGCAAGGUUGGAGGUGUCUCUGAGGGCGAGCUCGGUCGGUUGGAGAUCACGUUCUGCUAUCUCAUGGACUUCAGUCUGAAAGUUGAUGCUUCCAUGUUGCAGGACGAGGCCGAAAACUUGUGUCGGCACAAUCGGUAUGACUCUGUAGACCUCAACAACAAUCAUGUCACACCGCUGGAACUGAGAAUGCCAGAUGAGGGCGAGAGAAAGUUAAGGACUCCUGAAAAGAGAAAGGCAAGCGGGACAUUACCCAACAGACCCGCUAUUCAUGUCGGGACGAGCAUCGAGGUCGUCAGUCAGUCUUGA